GGAAAAGUAUCAUUCUGGAGUCAUUCGCUCGUUUUAAAAUACAUCGAUGUCUACCCUGCCGAAAGCCAUACUCCGUAACACCUUUGUAAUUCACACACAUACGUAUACACGAAUAGAGCCAUAUCAGCCAACAAAGGUAAUUCGACCAAUGAGAAUUUUGUAUCAAAACCGCAGGAAGAAAAAGAAAUCAGAAAUCUUCUCUCUCAUCCUUCCGUUCCGAUAGCUUGACCAAUAGCAAUACUAAUGUAAAACAGACUGAAAACGAACGGACCAAUCACCGGCGUCAUCGAUAAACGAAAUCAUCUGAUUGGUCAAAAGACUCACAGUCUUUGAUAGGUGUGUCGAAUGGGCGUAAAUGUAGUUAAAAUAACCACGCCUACUAGUUUUCGUUCAAUCAGGUUAGAGUCGACCAAUGACACGAUGGUAACGCUCGUCUGACAACGUGGCCUUGGUCGACGCCCCUGCAUUUCUCUUGGCUAACUAACAGCGUUUCCCCGCAUUCGAGAGUCGGCGCGUCGAUGUCAGCCACUCGGCCAGCAAGUCCCGGCCACCCUUCCCUUCUGCGUUCGCAAUUCACCCCACCUCACUUCUAUCCUCCUCUUUCACCCCACACCCACUCAAUUCCCCCUUUCAAUAGAUAGGGCAACGUAGCAGCCAAAAGAAGAGCCGCGUUGGAAUCGCGUGACAUAUCCUAUCCGACGGCACUUCUCAACGACGUUGCUUUACGUUCGUACGCCUGAGAGGAGACUUACCCGGGCACGAGCGGCCCUUCCUGGAGGGAGGACGUUCAAACGAGAGAGAUGGAGCAUCGAUACGUGUGUGCCUCUCUCUCUCUCUCUCUCUCUUUCUCUUUCUCUUUCUCUGUGUGUGUAUGUGUAUGUUUAUGUGUGUGUGCGAGAGAGAGAGAGAGAGAGAGAGAGAGAGAGAGAGAGAGAGAGAGAGAGAGAGAGAGAGGAUAGGUACAGUGAAUCUCGAAGCCAGGCCGUCACGGAGAAUGCUUUGGGACUUCGCGCGACUCCCUUGGCGCGGUGUCGUCGGUACGGUAACCAGUUCGGUUUUCCGUCUGGGGAUGUUCGACUUUUGACUUGAGCCGCGGAGAAUGGGCACAGGAGACCGGUUACUCGACAUUCUGUGUGGAGUAUGCGGUGACCGUAGUUCCGGAAAACACUACGGCAUCUACAGCUGCGACGGUUGUUCUGGAUUUUUCAAGAGAAGCAUUCAUAAUCAUCGAGAGUAUACCUGCAAGGCACAAGGAGCAUUAAAAGGGCGCUGCCCGAUUGACAAAACUCACAGGAAUCAAUGUCGAGCUUGUCGGUUAGCUAAGUGUUUCAAGGUCAAGAUGAACAAAGAAGCGUUAGUUAUGUAAAGGCAUGACAUUGUACGAGCACUGUGCUCGUUUCUGUAACGGAGUUCCCUGGGCGUUGGUAUGACAGGUGACGAUCAAAGCUCGGCUUAGCGCAACGACCCGUUCUGUCCACGAGCACAUACAUAUAUACAUACAUUUACUAUAUGUGUGUAUAAGAGAGAGAGAGAGAGAGA